AUGCAUAUUAUUCUAACUGGUGCCACGGGUCUCGUGGGAUCAGGCGUCCUAGACGCCAUGAUAAAGGCCAAAGACAUCACCAAAAUCUCCAUUCUCAGCCGCAAGCCGGUUCAGAUGGCUGAUGAUUCCAAAGACCCUCGAAUCAACGUCAUCAUCCAUCGCGACUUUGAGAACUACGACUCCAAGGUGUUGAAGCAGCUACAGGGCGCAAAAGCCUGUGUUUGGGCCUUGGGCAUCAGCCAGACCAAGGUCAACGCUGAAGAAUACGUCAAGAUCACCAAGGAUUACACCAUUGCCGCUGCAAAAUCGUUUGCUGCACUGACGACGACGCCAUCAGAGCCCUUCCGGUUCAUCUACGUGUCAGGCGAGGGCGCUACGCAGACUCCGGGCCGAUUCUCGGCCAUUUUUGCUCGCGUCAAGGGAGAGACUGAGAAACAACUGAGUGACAUGACGGCUGAGAUGCCGACGAGCCUGCGCGCAGACUCUGUGCGACCGGGAUUUGUGGAUGCCAGACAGCACAAAGCUAUCCUGCCUUAUAUUCCGGAUCCCGGCGCAACGUACAAGGUUCUAGCGACGUUAAUGACGCCUUUGAUCGCGGUGAUGAAGGGAUUGCACUCACCGACCGAUCACCUGGGAGCUUUCUUGACAAAUAUGGCCAUGGGAAAGCUGGACUCCCAGCUGGAGGGGCCGGGUGCGUUUAAACUUGGCAACUCAUGGAUUGUUGGGGCUGCUGGUGUCAGAAGAGUCUCCGGAUUUUGA